AUGAAAACUUGGAUAACCGUUGACACAAAAGUUAAUGACCAAUCAAAAUUACCAGCUUCAGAUUAUCGUAUACGGCGGACUUCAACACCACCUCUUCAUUCUAGUAAUGCUUUAGUAAUGCUGGAGAUAAAUAGCGGCAAUUACAAAUGGCAAAUACCAAAAGUUACACCUAAUAUGCAACCCAUUCCUUAUUAUCAUAAUGCAACAAUUAUCGACGAUAUUUAUAUGAUCGUUGCAUUCGGGAAAGAAGAUGGAAUGUUAAUUGGAGAUGCCACAUCGAAUAUAAAUAAGAGAAGAAUGAAUCGAGAUGCCACAUCGAAUGCAAAGCAUAGGCAAAAAAAAUUAGAAAGUGAUAAUGAAGUUAUUCAACCUACAUCAGAACCCAUUACAAAUGAUACAAACAACCAG